UGUAAAUGGAAUUAUUCCUAUGAAUUAUCAUCUGAUUUUUUUUCUCCAUGGCUUUUUAUUUCAAAUAAACUUACAAGUUGAACUAAAAGUGUCCAAUAUAGAAACCAUAUCAGUAGAGUUGAGGUCCACGCCGGUCCACCAGUUUUUUUUUUUUUUUUUUUUUUUUUUUUUUUUAAAUAGACACAAGUACCCGUUUACGCGCCGGUCCUUACAGAGAGGGGUGUGGUUAAGUGUUACUCAGUGCGCAUCAGGUAUCCUUCCCACAAUAUAUAAUCCUGUGAAGUGAGAGGAGAGCAACAGGACAGGGGCACCACUGAGGUGAAAGCAUCAGGAGACAAGUCAAACAAUGGCCAAAAUGCUGAGAUCUUGGGUGAUGUUCGCAGCAUUCGUUUGCAUUCUGCUGUGUUUGAGCAGCUUUGCGGACGCGUACCCCCCCAAACCGGAGAGCCCCGGGAGCAACGCCUCACCGGAGGAGUGGGCCAAAUACCACGCAGCUGUCAGGCAUUAUGUCAACCUCAUUACCAGACAGAGGUAUGGGAAGAGAUCAUCCCCAGAGCAGGCGGUGGCUUGGCUGCUGUUCGGUGCAGAUUCGAACCAAGAUGCUGAACCAAGCUCUGACUAUGUUGAUUCGUGGUAAAUUAGCCCAAUGCUGAUCUAAACCCCAACCCCCCACCCCCAGCCACCCAAUCCUUUUAUUUAACACCAAUCAAAACCAUUCGCAAGUGACAACCUGCACUGCACAUUGGACUGACCUUAUAUAUUUAAUUAUGUAAUGUGCAUGCAAAUCUUGUUCUCUCUGUUUGUCUGCUUUUAUUAGUGUCUGUAUGUAAUUUGUUCUUUUGUCAAAAAAAAUGUAAAUAAUUUGUAACAAAAAAAAACAAUCUAUUUACA